AUGUCAGACUCUGGCAUGAUUGACAGUCUCCAGGCGUCGAAUGUGGCGAAGAUGGUCGAGCUCUCCGCGUGCGCCGUCUUUCUCUGGGACUACCUUCUCACCGUCGGGAUGGAGGUUCGAUACAUCUGGCCUGGAGCGUGGACACCCAUCAUGGUCGUCUACUUCGUUCAGCGAUACCUUCCUUUCUUCGACUCUCUCUGGUUGACUUUGCAUUUCAAUUUCGGAAAGAACCUAAGUGUCGAGACGUGCGUGUUGCUGAAUGGAGCGGCGAAAAGUAUAAUGUCUUUUGGGUUGGCAUUCUCGGAAUUGCUUCUGACAUCCCGAGCCUGGGCGGUCUGGAACCGGACCAGAAUGCUGACGCACGCUCUUAUCGUCCUCUACCCUCUGUGCUUCAUUCCGACCAUCAUAAUGCACUUCAAGGUCCUCCCAACGAUGCAGUUUGCUACACUUCCACCCCCAUUCCGGGGAUGUAUUCCCACUGCGGCGGAUAAUCUUGUAGUUGUUAACUGGGCACUGUUGCUAGGAUGGGACGCCUUUAUACUAGUCCUAAUGAUAAUCCCCGCAGUAAAGGCUUAUCACUAUAGGGGUAAUUCGGCAUUGUACACUGCUGUUUACACCGAAGGAAUCUUGUAUUAUGUCUUCCUCUUUGCUACCUCGUCGAUGAACAUUCUGCUAAUGACGCUGCCAGGUACCUGUAUCAUAUCGAUAUAUGGUCACCACGUACGGCCCUCUCCUUCUCCUGAUAUGGGAGGUCAUUCUGAAGUCUAA